UGUGUGUGUGUGGAGGAAUCUAGGAAGUAACCUAACUUCUCGACCAGGACGACGGGAGACCUCAGUCCUCAAAUUCUCUGGAAAACUGUGACUUAAAUCACUAAUUUCGUGUCCGAACUGCCGCGAAGUUACUAUUUCAUCAUGUUUAAAAGCGAAUAAGCAACUUUUUGGCUCACCUUUUUGGGCAGCACAGGAAUACUUCGGCUCUUAAGGAUGAACUGAGGGUUUGUUUUCGAAAGUGGAGAUUGGCAGAAAGGUGGGGCUGUGCGUUAUGCUGAAGCCUGCCUGUACAUCAGGAUAUCAGGAUGAGCGCUACAGAUGGAGCCGGGGCCCCUGAGCGGGACGAAGAGGCCCGUGUCGUGCAGAUCUACCCCAGGCCGUCCCAGGACACAGCCGCCUACUGUCCCCUGCAGGUCAGUGGUGGGGACACGACGAGGACAGUCAUCCACAACGCCGUGGUCACGCUGGGCCUGGAUGCCAGCCAGAAGUACAGCCUGCUGGAGGUGAGGGAGAGCGAUGGAGAGGAGAGGUUACUGCGGGCUGGAGACUCCCCUUUGGAGCUUGUCCUGCUGUGGCCACCAGAGACGCAGAGGUGGCACCUUAAGACCCAAGGCUACUACUUCAUCCUGCAGCAGCAGCAGCAGCAAGCUAACAGUGGAGACGACCAAGUGGAAAGCAUCACAGAGGAAUAUGAUGAUCUUUGUAACCUGCAAACUGUGACUGAGGAGAGUAUCCUUGAAGUGUUACGCCAGCGCUUCUACAAGCUUAAAAUCUACACCUAUGCCAGCAGAGUCCUCAUCUCCCUCAACCCCAAUAAGUUCCUACCCACUUACUACAAUCCCAAGUUUGUCAACAUGUAUGAGAAGCAACCACUGGGCAAACUAAGCCCUCACAUAUUCGCCAUAGCAGAUGUGGCCUUCCGGGCAAUGCUGAAUAGGCAGGUUAACCAGUGCAUUGUGAUAUCUGGUGAGAGUGGCUCUGGGAAGACUGACAGCAGUAGUUACCUCAUCCACUGCCUGACCGCCCUCAGCAAGAAGACGUACUGCAGCGGGCUGAAACGAACCAUCCUCGGUGCAGGACCGGUGCUUGAGGCCUUCGGCAACGCCAAGACUGCAGAGAAUAACAACUCGAGUCGCUUUGGGAAGUUCAUCCAGCUGAACUAUCUGGAGAGCGGCGUCAUCAGAGGGGCAUUUAUUGAGAAGUACCUGCUGGAAAAGUGCAGGGUGGUGUUCCGAGAUAAGAAUGAGAGGAACUACCACGUGUUCUACUAUCUGCUCGUGGGAGCGUCCAAAGACGAGCAGGAGGAGUUUCACCUCCUACAGCCGCAGGAUUAUCUCUACCUCAAGCAGGAAGACUUCUCUUUAGAUGACGAGGAGAAUCUCAGGCAGAAAUACAAGAGGCUUCAUCAAGCCUUGGAGAUGGUCGGCUUCCUGGCCACCACCAGGAAAUACAUAUUUUCCAUCCUCUCGGCGAUCCUUCACCUGGGCAAUGUGACCUUCACACUGUCUGAAGACAGUGAAGUCCUGGAAGUGGGACCUGAUGAAGUUUUGUCCUCACUGUCAGACCUCCUGAAAGUGAAAAAGGAGCUUCUGGUGAAGACUUUGACCAAGAGGAGAGUAGUGAGUGCCAACGCCUCUGUGCUUUCACAGUACAACCUACAUGAGGCCUACAGUGUGCGGGACUCCAUGGCCAAGUCUUUAUACAGCGUCCUGUUUGACUGGAUCAUCCUUCACAUCAACCAUGCAGUGCUGAACAGACAGGACAUCAAGGACUCUGUCUCUUGUUUGUCCAUCGGUGUUCUGGAUAUGUUUGGAUUUGAGAACCUCCGCAUGAACAGCUUUGAGCAGCUGUGCAUCAACUACACCAACGAGAAACUGCAAUAUUACAACAACCAGCACAUCUUCAAGCUUGCACAAGAGGUCUAUGUGUCAGAGGGCCUCACCUGGAAAAACAUCGACCACUCUGACAACAGUGGCUGCAUUCAGCUGAUCGGCGACAAAUCAAGCGGACUCUUUAAACUGCUGGACGAGGAGAGCAGCUGCCCUCAGGCCACGGAUGAAACCUUGAUGAACAAGUUGAAGAGGCAGCAUCAUGACAGCCCGUUCUUCUCACCCGCUUCAGAUACAGAGUCAUCUUUUGUUAUUCAACACUUUGCUGGCAGGGUCAAGUAUAACAUCAAGGAUUUCCGGGAGAAAAACACUGAGCACAUGCGUCCUGAGGUCAUAUCACUUCUACGGAGCAGUGAGCGGUCUUUCCUGCAUCACUUGGUUGCGUCGAGUCCGGAGGCGCAGUUCAGAUGGGGAGUCCUUAGAGCCACCAUCCGCAUCCUCUCAGUGUUCAAAAACAUGGGACGCAAGCGGGCUGAACUGAUUAAAAGCAGACAUAACUCCCGGAUAUCUCUCAAAUACAUGAGACAGCAGAGCAGUCCCAUCAACAGGCUGUCCAGCAACAGCCUGACCUUGGAUUUCUCCUUCGAUCGCUCUGACGAUCUGACUCUCGACGUAUUUGACAUCUAUACAUCUUAUGAGCAGAAGAAAAAGAGCCGAGCUGGUCGACAGAAGCAGCUGAUUCCAAAGAACCUCGUGAAUCUCAGCUCAAUCCAACAUAUCGUUGGCCUGACUGCACAUGACCGAACCAGCAAAGUUAUCUUCCACCCUCACAGGACGACAAAGCCCCCCACAGUGAACGCCCAGUUCCAGGCCUCGCUCGGGAAGCUGAUGGAGACGAUGGAAAAAGCAGAGCCGUUUUUCAUUUUCUGUCUUCGCUCCAAUGCUGAGAAGAAGGAGCUCCACUUUGAUGACGAACUCGUGCUGCAGCAAAUCAAGUACUCCGGCAUUGGGCAGAUUGUUAACGUCCAGAAGUCUGGCUACAGCGCCAAAUACACUUUUGAGGAGUUUGUAAAAAAGUUCAGAAUGCUGCUACCUAAAGGAGCUACGGCAACACCCGAGCAUAUAACAGAACUUCUCGUGAGGAUGGAGCUACACAAGAACACCUAUCAAAUCGGGAAAACACAGGUGUUCCUGAAGGAGAAGGAGAGACAACUGCUACAAGAUUCACAGAACAGAAAAGUGAUGCAUCACAUCAUUAUUCUGCAGCGCUGGUUCCGUGGCUGUCUGAUGAGGUUACACUUCCUGCAAAAGAAAGAUGCCACUAUGAUUAUACAGAGGAACUGGCGUGAGUUUUAUGAGAAAGAAAACAGAGCUGCUACAGUGAUCCAGACAGCAUGGAGGAGUUCCCUAAAGAAGUCAAAGCACCCACACGAGAAUGAGGGUACAGCACGGCCUGGACGGGACAGCUUGACAAAAAAAGAGUUCAAGAGGCAGAGCAAAAUUGAGAUGAGUCCCAGCAGAACCCAGGAGCCCGACCCGGUCAACGGCCAGUCAGCACAGAGAGACCGGAGCAGGGAGAAGCGAGAGGGCAGAGGUUCUCCUCCCCCUCUGAACAGACCCCUCUCCCUCCCACUGGACCCUAAAGUUUGCAGCGACGAUCCUUCCACCAACCCUCCCAAGGCCAGCUCGCUGCAGCGCUAUACAGAAAUGGGGGGCAUGAAGGAGAAGGCCGAGAAGUGGCGGGAAAGACAGAGCGAUGACUCCAGUCCAGAACUGCGGCGACGAGACAAUUCGAAAGAAGGAUUUCAGGGCAAGGGGAAGUCCAUGUCUGUUGAUGAACUAUCAAAGAUCAGCUCCUCCGGCUCUGAUAGCUCCCCUUCCACCAGCAAGGUCAACGUGCGUCUCCGCAAGCUGCCCAAACACAGGCGGCGCUUAGCCUACACCCGUAGCGGUUUGAUGAUUAACUUUGCGGGUUCCAAGGAGAGAGAGUACUGGAGCUUUCCGCUGCCUCCAAUCAGCCCCCUUGGGUCAGUAAUGAAGAGCAGUGUCAGUAGCAUGGAUGUCCGGGACUUCAAAACUCAGGUCAAGCGGCUACCAGCGGAGCCUGAUGGGUCGAGGUUCAGUCUUCCAGCCAGAGGAAACGAUGAAGAGUCCGGACAACAAGGAUCUCGCCAAUCACAACUCACAACUCCUGAGAGGAUCUGGUUUCUCAGUAAAUUCCUAAAGAAGCGCGCUCCUAAAUAUUCCCCCAACAGUGAAUCUCCUUCAGAUAAAACCGCAAUGACUCUGGGUAGCUACACUCCGCAUCCAUACCACAUGCCAAAACAGGACAAUGAGCGGGUGAGUCGAAACCCCACCAUUCGAAUAAGCCGGUCCACUCGGACGACGCAGUGGAACAAGUCUCUCGACCGUGAGAUCACCGACACCCAAGAGCUUCGAGACCUGGACGAAUUCCUGGGAAAUCAGGUGAAUGAGCUGCAAUCUAGAAUAAAAGAGCUGUCACCAACAGAGAAGAUCUUCCACACAUCCACCAUGCAGUUCAGAGAGACCAUCAAAGGCAUGUACUCCGUCAAGAAGCCUCAAAUCGGCUACAAAGAUCUGAUGAAGGGCUACGUAAACAAGGUCGGUACGCUCGCAGGGCCCAAGCAGAAGUCUGAAGUCUCGCUGGUGGUCAACUUGUUUCAGUCUGUGCUGGACGGCUUCAUCAGGGGCCAGAUCAAACAAGCAGACUCUGAACCAACCAAGGCUACAAAGACAACCAAGAAGAGGAGGAAAAAGGACUUAUGUCUCAAUAGUCCUCUGGAUCAUCGGUUCAGCACUUACCAAGUCAACAUCAUGCAGUCAUGUGACCUGUGCGGCUCCUACAUCUGGGGGAUGGAGAAGGCCUACAUGUGCAGUGCCUGCAAGUUAAUAUGUCACAAGAAAUGCCUGGACAAAAUCAUCACAGACUGCUCGACACGGUGCGCCAGGCAGGAUGACAGUGUACCAGGCUCGCUGCACUUCGGGGUGCAGGUGUGUGUCCUCACCAGUAAAGCCAACCCCGUACCCAAAGUGGUGGAUUCCCUGCUGAUGCACGUGGAGCUGAACGGCCUCUACACGGAGGGAAUUUACCGCAAGUCGGGCUCAACCUGUAAAGCCAGGGAGCUCCACCAGAUUCUGCAGACCAAUCCUGAUGGAGUCUGUUUAGAGAAAUACCCGAUCCACACCAUCACAGGUCUGGUUAAACGCUGGCUCAGAGAGCUGCCGGACCCCCUCAUGACGUUUUCUCUCUACAGCGACUUUCUACAUGCAGCAGAACUGCCAGAGGAAUCGGAGAGGAUAAGAGCUGUUUAUCAGAAAUUGGAUGAACUUCCUCCUGCUAAUUUCAACACGUUGGAGCGGCUCAUCUUUCACCUUGUCAGGGUUGCAAAAGAGGAAGAGCACAACAAGAUGACUCCAAGCUCUCUUGCUAUCGUGUUCGCCCCCUGCAUCCUUCGGUCACCUGAUGUCAAUGACCCUUUCCUUGGCAUGAAGGACAUAUCCAAAACUACAAAGUGUGUGGAGGUCCUGAUAUCUGAGCAGUUCAGACGCUACAACGAGAAGAUGCAGAAUAUCCAGCAGCUGGAAUACGCUGAGGCGCUGGCUAUCAAUCAGCUCAAACUGAGGAGACAAAACACGGUUGUUGAAAAGUCGUCAGAGGUGGACGCUCCAGAACCGAUGCCUUCAGAUGAGACGGAGAGGACCCUCAUCGACAGGAUCAAGUCCAUAAAGCAAGAAAAGGUGGACUUGGCUUGCAGGUUACCUGACCUGGAGCAAGACAACUCUGAUAACGACAACAUGGACUCAUCAUCGUGGAUGAGCACAGAGAGCCUCGAAGACAACCUGGACAGCCCGGACUCGGAAGGAAAAGUGACCAUGAGAAUUAAACCACAAAAACCAGACUGCCCACCUAAACCUCCUGAUCUGGCGCAGAGAGUCAGAAGUCUAAUGGCUCUGUCAGGUGAUAACCAGAGAGAGUUCACACCAGGACAAAAUGAAACAGAUGUUACCCGACACACGUCCUUCCUGCCUAUCCAAGACAAUCCCUCACCAAGUGACAGGCCGCAGGACACCAGCAGUACUAUCAAUAUGAGCUCUGACGAUCUGGAGAUCCCUUACAUCGAUGACGACGAAGAUCUAACCUAAACAUGAAACAACAAGCUGUAAACUUUUUCAUUAUGUGUUAAAAAUUGAAUGACAAAAAAAGAAAGUGUAAACUUUGUUUUAUAGAUUUACCAAUGCUGCUACAAAAACAGUGCUUUGAGAAUGUGUUUGUAUUUAAUGGGAGGUUGUAAAGACCGUCUCUUCAGGGUGUUCAUGGCAGAUCUGGACCCAACAUCAAGGACUAUUCUGCCUUUUUUUUUUUUUUCUUUAUCAAACUAUGGAAACACGUGAUUUUAAUCCAUUUCAGAAUUGUACAGUACACAGUUUAUAAUGGGAAGGUGUUUUGUACCAGUCAUGUGAAGCGGUGUGACGAGUUUGUUUCAUCUAUUGAGAAAAACAGGACAACACGAUGAGGAGCAAUUGAGGACACAAGCACCUCUUUUGCAGAAGGACUUCAUUCUGGCCUGAACCAAUGUGGUACUCAGGGGAGGUUUUGGCCUUUUUAUGGGGAAAAACAAAAGUUGUAAGUGUACCAUAAAAUGAGAACUCCUCCAUCACAGAGAGCAGCGUUGUAUGAUGUGCCUUCAUUGAGUGCAUUUUAUUUUUACCUUUGAAAUGUUUUGUGUUGUUGUUCUGUUUCCUGUGGCACAAAUCACUGCUGUGACUGAGCGUUCAUUCAACACACCUGUAAAGAGAACGCUCAUAAUGCUGCCUUUUAAAACCGACUGAAAAUACUCUCCUUUGUCACUUUUAUAUGGUAUUGCAAGGCAGUGCAGUUUCACCAAGUAACAUUUUGUCUAUGCAUGUAGAUUUUCUUUUUUGAUGUGCAUGCCUGUACUUUUAUAAUGGGUAUGAAUAAUGCGUAUGUAGGUGAACAUUCUCCAAGUUUGAAUACCUUCAACUAAAAUAAACUGACAGUUUCCAAUGCC